CUCAAAUGCGUCUAGGCGCACCUUUUUAACAUACACUUCAUAAAUGAAUGUUUCAAAUAAUAGGGAGUGUAGGAGGUUAAAGUCAAAUCAUGAUCGCUGAGUCAAGGCGGAAAAUGAAACUACCCUGGUGAGCGGUGUCUGUAUUCUCAACGUCAGUAACGGGAACAGGUCUACACUACACCAUAUACACUGGGACAAGACAAAAAACAUCUUCACAAUGGAUGUACUUAUCCCACGGUGUCAUCAUUGGACAUCCAUCGUCCUGCUCUCUCUGCUUUUCCUGAAAGCUCUUGUAGCCAGUACUCCAUGUAGCAACUGUGACGGUAACAGCGUGACCUGUGUUGACGGUAUGUGUCCACCUCGAUGUGUCUCUUUGACGUCAUCUGGAGAGUGUCUCCAGUGUCGGGAGUCCAGGUUCUAUGGUAAACAGUGUGAACAUGACUGUCCAGACAUCUGUCUCAAAUCUCGCUGUCAGAUGAACAACACCCGUGUUGUGUGUACAGAGGGAUGUGUGGCCGGCAAGAAGGGAGAUAACUGUGGUGUGAACUGUCCUACAGCCUGUACACAGUGUGAACGUUAUGGUGAAGGUUGUACAGGACAAUGUCAGAAUCCCCGGUAUUACGGUCCACAGUGUGAAACACCUUGUUCCUCCGGCUGUACAGAUGGAUGUAAUAGGAUCACGGGGGAGUGUGGCAGCUGUGAGCCAGGUUACACAGGGGACAAGUGUGAUGUUACCUGUCCCCGCAACUGUAGAGAUGAAUGUGAUAAAGACACGGGGGUGUGUGGCAGCUGUGAGCCAGGUUACACAGGGGACAAGUGUGAUGUUACCUGUCCCCGCAACUGUAGAGAUGAAUGUGAUAAAGACACGGGGGUGUGUGGCAGCUGUGAGCCAGGUUACACAGGGGACAAGUGUGAUAUUACCUGUCCCCCCAACUGUGGAGAUGGAUGUGAUAAAGACACGGGGAAAUGUGGCAGCUGUAAACAAGGUUACACAGGGAAAUACUGUGACAUAUGUAACAUUAGCGAAGCUUCAUGCUUCUUACAACCAUGCAGCGCCUGUGACGGCAACAAUGUGACCUGUGUUGACGAUGUGUGUCUACCUCGAUGUGUUUCUGUGGCGGCAACCGGGCAGUGUUUCCAGUGUCGGGACUCCAGGUUCUAUGGUAAACUGUGUGAACAUGACUGUCCACGCACCUGUCUCAGCUCACGCUGUCAGAUGGAAAACUCCCGUGUUGUGUGUACAGAGGGAUGUGUGGCCGGCAAGAAGGGAGAUAACUGUGGAGUGGACUGUCCUACAGCCUGUACACAGUGUGAACGUUAUGGUGAUGGUUGUACAGGACCAUGUCAGGAUCUCCGGUAUUACGGUCCACACUGUAGAACACCUUGUUCCUCCGGCUGUACAGAUAUAUGUAAUAGGAUCACGGGGGCUUGUGACCGCUGUGAGCCAGUGUACACAGGGAAGUACUGUAAUGUAACCUGUCCCACCAGCUGUGAAGGUGGAUGUGAUAAAGACACUGGGGAAUGUGUACCUUUAGGACAACCACCGUUACUGAUGUGGAUCGGAAGUGUCCUGUUAGCGAUGGUUGUCGCUGCGUCUGUUCUCUUACUCGUGGUGUUUCUGUGGAAGAGAAGAAAAAGAAGAUUGAAAGAGCUGAUAUGUGAAAUGCAUUCACUUAAUAACAAUGAGUUGACGCCCCAUGAUAGCCAACAAAACCUGUCAUCAUCAGAUGGAAUGCACACAUCCUCAUGUCAAGGUGAUGCCCUCCAACGAGUGAUGUUAUGCGGAGAGCUGAAAGGUGAGAUGGCAUCCCAGCAGAUAAUGCACGAGUUCCAGAGGCUGUCCUGUCCCAACAUCGAAAAAGCAAGGUAUGGAUCUCUGGAUGACAACGCCCUGAAGAACAGAUACAGAGAUGUAUUGCCAUAUGACUCAACGCGGGUGUCACUCGAGAUUGACGAGAAAAAUGACAGCGAUUAUAUCAACGCGUCAUUCAUUGACGGAUACAAAGCGCAAGUCAAGUACAUAGCAGCUCAGGGACCAUCGAUAGAAGUAGUAGCAGACUUCUGGAGGAUGAUAUGGCAGCUGAACAUAACCAAGAUUGUCAUGCUGACUAACCUUGUGGAAGCGGGGAAGGUAAAGUGUGAGAUGUACUGGCCCUUCUGCAGUUCUGACUUCUCAACCUACGACAAGGUGUACGUUCAGUGUGUUGAGGAAAAGGUGUAUAAAAAUUAUACUCUCCGGAAACUAGCAGUAUGGCAGGAAAACUCUGAAAAUAGAAUAAUCCGCCAGUUCCAUUUCACCUCUUGGCCUGACCAUGGAGUUCCAGGGGAGACAACUUCAGUUCUAGACUUCCACAGGGUUGUCAUGGACACAGGAAUAAAUUCAUCCGGGCCCUUGUUAGUACACUGCAGCGCUGGUAUUGGACGCACGGGGACAUUCCUAGCCUUGGAUUACCUGCUGGAUCAGGCCAGGAAAGAGGGCCGAGUCUGUGUCUACACCUGUGUACAAAGCCUCCGCCACCAGAGGAUGAAAAUGGUUCAGACAAAAGAGCAGUAUGCGUUCAUAUACAAGGCACUGGUGAGUGCACUGAAGAUGAGAGGGGAUUUGCAACGAUGCCAAAACCCAAUAGCUGUCCUGUGUGGGGAGUGCUGGCAACAGAGAAAAGACAAUCGCAGAUCUAACGCUAGUCUCCAGAAAGAUACGGAGUACCAGCGUCUGUGGAACUGUCAGCUACAACGCAGGAACAGCUAUCUGCCAAGAAGUCCAUCCCCUCCCCUCGAUGAGUAUGCCAUCAUCAGUGAAAACACCCCGCCUCGCCUUCACAGAUCGCUGAACGCCUAUUCCAUAGAUGCAGACAUGGACACAUGGAUGGAUACGUCUGUAUAAUGUCCAUUCCAUUCAAGACAGAGAGCGUUUAUCCUUGUGUAAGACCGCCCCUUGCGAUGGUGCUGUGACAUUACAAGGUCGCUGGCAGACUUUGCUGCUGUAGACGGGCGAAGGAACAUAGCACAGUUCCGAUACAAGACUUUCAAUAUAGGGCAGCAUAUGGCUUUAUUGUGUUCCAUUCUAUUGGAAGAUCGUACUUCAUACGACGAUUUGUAUAUAGUAAAGGAAUUACUUUAAUUAAUAAUCUGAUUGUGUAUGAAAACCGAAAUGUACGCACAAAUGUUCAUUGGCAGAAUAUUUGUGUGUUACAGUAAUAGCAUCGUGUACAGUAUUCAUAAGGAGACAUGCGUAUUGAUCUGUUGUUAAUAGUUGCUAUUCAGGUUUUGUACAGUGACGUUUAAGUGUUACUGAUGGAUGGACGAGGAUACUGUUGCCAUUUGAACAAUGUGAAGAUACUACAAUGUUCUAGUUAUUGGCCGUUCUGUGGUUGUAAUUUAAUUCAAUGAAUUACGCAAAACUCAAUUUUGAUGUCCAUUUCAAAUGUAACUAUAAAUAGUGAAUUAAUGUUUAAUAUGUAAAUAAAUUCCAACAAAGUUUGUAU